AUGGACGUCCCGCGAGGUGUUGGUCGUGGCAGUAAUAGCGGUGACGGUCGCCAAGACCGAAGGCGGCGGCCUCAGAGAGGAUCAGGGGGUAAUGUCGGAGAUUUCGGACACGGCAGGGAAGGUCGUGGAAGGAGGCCUUUCCGUGGGGACGUGGGGGACGUCGCGGUAGUCAAGGUGAGCAUGCAAAAUAUGCCGAUUUGGAGGAUGAGCGUGCACGGCGUAACUACCAACGUGGUCGAGGCGGAAGAAGGUUCCGCGGAAGCCAACGCCGCAAUGCCGGCGAUCGGUCGCGUCUCGGGCUCACUCCGGAGAAUAUUCGGGAAUUAG